AUCUGCACUGGGUGUCCUAGGUCCAUGUGUAAUAAGUUCGCGUCCUGUGUGGAAUUCUCGAAUGACAGAAGGACAUGGCCUGCUAGUUAUUUUGAGUUUGCCGCAAUGGAAUGACCACCCCAGCAUGUUAAUUUCAUCCACGAUAAAACCCUCGCAUAGGAUGACGAAUUUCCAGCUUCUGAAACAUUGAGUCAUACGUUCAUAAGGGCCGAGAUCGGACGAGGCAAUAACAGGUGGAAGAGAAUGCAGAGGUUCUUGUGCACCAGAGCUAUGACGCGGGCUGCUGCCCUGCACCGCCUGCUCCUGGGGACUCCAUCCUGGGCCAGCAGAUCCCUGACCGGACCCCUGACCAGACCCCGGGCCCCCCCCAGGCUGAUCUCCAGCCCACGCUAUGUAAACACCACGGCGGCAGCCUGGACUUCAGCCCCGCAGAAACCCAGCUCGAGCGGGGCCGUGCAGCCAGAGAAACCCCCCGAACAGCAGGAGCCUGAACAAGAACUAGACCCUCUGCUUGACAAGUCCGUGGGCUUGGUGCAGAGGUUCAAGAGAACCUUCAAGCAGUACGGCAAGGUGAUGAUACCUGUGCAUCUUCUGACGUCCUCUGUGUGGUUCGGGACAUUCUACUAUGCAGCCAUGAAGGGAGUGAAUGUAGUGCCAUUUCUGGAGUAUAUCGGAUUUCCUGAAAGGCUUGUUAGACUUCUAGAAAAUUCUCAAAGUGGCUACGCUCUCACUGCAUACGCAAUGUACAAGAUUGCCACUCCAGCGAGAUACACAGUGACUUUGGGUGGAACAUCAAUCUCGGUGAAGUAUCUGCGGAUGCACGGCUACUUGUCCACCCCUCCGCCUGUCAAGGAGUACCUUCAGGAGAAGAUGGAGGAAACGAAAGAGCGGCUCUCUGAGAAAAUGGAGGAGACCAAGGAUCGCUUUUCCGAGAAAAUGGAGGAGACCAAGGAUCGCUUUUCCGAACGGAUGGAAGAAACCAAGGAGAAGUUCUCUGAGAGACUGCAAGAGACCAAAGACAAAGUGGCUUUUCGUAAGAAAGCCGAGUAGGUCUCCGUCUUUUAUCGUGUGCAGGUCUGUGGAAGGCCAUGCUAAAGAGAAAAAAUGACUGAAGGCUAUAGAACCUUGCACUAUAAAGACUGAAUCAGAUGCCUCAGUGUAAUCAAUAGUCAAAUCACACAAACACACACACACACACACACACACAUUACUGCAAAACUGCUGCUCACUUGGCACAUUUGGUAAAGAAUUUUGAAGUUCGUGAUGAGGAAUUGCUACAUGUGCUUCUAAGAAGUCAUGUUGGUAAUAUUGUCUCUCUCUCUCCCCCUCCAAUCCUGCACCCUCAUUCAUAGGAAUUGUUUUCAUGGUCACUAUUCACUUCAGCUGUAGUGUUUAAACAGGUUGAGUCAAGUUACGAUCCUCACACAACAUUUUCAGACAUCUCCUGUUCUUGAGCAGACAACAAGUGCGAUUGUCCUCAGAUAUUUUUGAAAUGCAGAGAAUUAUUUUUGUUUGUUAACAAGCUAAGAGAGUUACUUAAUGUCUGGAACCAGAUGAUUAAAAUAGCUUGUGUGUUUAUGUGUGUGUGUGUGAGUGAGAGAGAUGUUCCUCUGUUUUGACGGUACAUAUUGCACACUUUAAGCGAUGACUGCAGAGUCGAUUUUCUUGUGUGCGGUGACGGUCCGGUGUUGAGGAGCACAUUGAGUCCAUUUCCAUUUGUGUCCUGUUCUUCAAGAAUUCUCACUCAUAAAAUCAUAUAAAGCAGAAUUAAACUUCAAAUGUUCUGAAUUAGUGUAAGUAAACAGUGUACCGUAGCCACAUGAUUGUGUAUCUCUUAAAUAUGAAAGAGGAGCGGUAACUUUCCAUUUAACACAUAAUUACUAUCAAAUGAGUUAAUUUACCAAUUAUAUGUAAUAUUUAAUGACAUGAUUUUUUUGUUUUCUUUACUGUAACCGUUAUUCUCGGCUAACAGGCUUUAAACUAUGGACAGCCCAAAUGUUGACUUUAGCCGAGUUUGUACUCUGUUUGUCCGUGAUGCCAUUUGAAGGCUUGUGAGUGCAAAUGUUAAUUUAGUUGCGGCAAAACUGAGGUCGUCAGGGCAACCCAGCCUUCAAUUUCUUACCUAGCCUUUCAUUUCUAAGCCUUCUAUAUCUGUGUUUAUGAUUUUUGUCUCCACCUCCUUAAAAAGAAAUCAGUUAUUUAUUUUAGUCAGUUUUACCAUUUUUAUGACAACUCUCCCAGCUGGUUUGCCUAUGAGAGAAUGAGUCAUGGCUUAAAUCUAUCGGCUGAUUUAGCCUUUAGGCUCAAAGGUGUUUCAUACAGCCGACACGUUGCCAUGCAGGGAUCUGUUCAGGUGAAUGUGGUCUGUCCUGACUAAAUAAAGAUCAACGAUGCACAAGA